AUGGACAAUCAAAGAUUAGUGGAAGGUGCAAAAAACACAUCUGCUAAGGACUUAGAGGUGGAAAACAUGUAUUCUGAGACAGAGGCUGUCUAUCCCCCGUAUGGGAGCACACACCGCCCCAUGGUGCAGGACGACCAGGUGGACAUGGAAACCCUGGGCCAAUUUUUCGAUCGGUGCAUCCAGGAAGUGUCUCAUCUGGAGAAACAGAGGGAGGAGCUGAUCGAGGAGCUGAUUGGCCUGCAGGAACCCAUGCUGCAGGUGGUGGAGCACCUCAGAGGGAAGCUGGAGGGCGCGCGGCGGCUGCUCACUCUCACUCAGCUGGAUUACGUUUCUGUUUAUGAGGAAGUUCAGCAGGUGAAAAGGAAACUGUUUGCUACAGCCAGAGACUCCAUCCAGAGCCAAGUGGAGCUGGCUGCACAAAAGUAUGAGGUGGAUCAGUCUGUUGUCUCUCAGGAGGAGCUCCAGGCCCACAUCCUGAGUCUGACUCAGGAGUUGCCCCUGCUGAAGCGAGCCCACCAGAGCCAGCUGGACGCUCUGAGGGCCCAGGCCUCCGGCGCCUGCAGACGCAGGGCCAUGAGCGACGUCAGCCAGUGCCGGCAGGCGUCGGCGCGGCUGCAGCGGCGGCUCAGCGGCAGCGUGAGGGCGCUGGAGGGCUGGUACGAGCCCCGCCUCAUGGCCCUGCUGCGCAGGAGGCAGGCCGGGGAGGAGGCCCUGAGGAACUGCCGGGAGCAGGCCGCAGACCUGAGGGCCAGCCUGGGCCCUCUGAGGGAGGACAUCCAGAGACUGGAGGUCCAGAGAUCCUGCCUGGAGAGAAGAAUCGCCCUCAUGGAGGCGGAAAGGGACGCGAGUAGGGCCGAUUACAAGGAGACUGUGGAAGAACUGGAGGAAAGUUUGAGAAAAGUACAGCUUGAAUUUGAGCUUCAGAGAAAAUCUAAGAAGGAUUUGGAGGACCUUAAUGAAAGCCUUUUAACAGAGCUCACGUUUCUGAGGUAA